AGUUCAUAAGCCGAGGCGCGCGGCAGCUUUCGUCAGUCGAGGAUGGAAGCUCUCCAUUAAUCCGCAUGUCCAAUAUUUGGACAAAAUGUGGAGAUUCCUCUCGAUACUGCUGCUCUACGGGGCGGUUGUUGUCAUUGCUGACACAUCUCCUACGGAGACUGAGCCCGAUUCUCGAUUCACCGAGAAUGCUGUUAUUGACCGCGUGAAACGAAGCGAGCCAGAGCCGGCUCCAUUCAACCUUAAGGAACCUGGAACAACCGUGGAAAAAAAGAGUACCGCAGCUCCUAGCAAAGUUGCGACCAAGGUCGCGAAAUCCCCCGCUGCGCAAAAUGUUGCAGACAAGCGCAGACUGUUCGGAAGACGUCGAAGACAUUCAAGAACACGAGUGGGACGUCGCUUGUCGCGCGUACGGCAAUUCAGGCUGGGGCGGCGUUACAGGAAACUGGGACGUCGCUUGUCGCGCGUACGGCAAUUCAGGCUGGGGCGGCGUUACAGGAAACUGGGACGUCGCUUGUCGCGCGUACGGCAAUUCAGGCUGGGGCGGCGUUACAGGAAACUGGGACGUCGCUUGUCGCGCGUACGGCAAUUCAGGCUGGGGCGGCGUUACAGGAAACUGGGACGUCGCUUGUCGCGCGUACGGCAAUUCAGGCUGGGGCGGCGUUACAGGAAACCGAGACGUCACCGGUCGCGCAGACGGCAAUUCGGGCAGAGGCGGCGUUACAGUAAACGGAGAGCGCUUUUCUUCAACAGAAACCCAAGCUAUCGCAUUAAACGUCAAGGAGGAAGAAGUUUCGUAAAUCUCCCGCGGUUUGGACGUGUCUACAUUGACCAGCUCGCAGGGGAGCUGACUCUGAAGUCUAUCUGUAUGGGCCAUGGUAGAGGCGGAAAACUAAAGCUGAAAAACCUUUGCCUUGGGGUAAAAAAUGGUUAUUUCAGAAGAGGUCCAAGCCGUAUUCGUAUGGUCCAUUAUCGCGGCCGCGUCAGAAAGGUCCAUGUUAUGCGUCGUGGGGGACGUAAGAUAUACUUUAUCAAGUUUGGCGGGAAAGCACGACACGUAUUCAUCAAGGGCAACAAAGCUCGUGUGAAGAAUGAUUUUGACGUUUAUGGACGUAAACGACGCAUGGUAACCCGACGUGUAGAAAAGAGCGGCUGCUGUGGAAAGAACCGCUUCAAAAAGAUUCUCCGCCGUGUUGUUACCGUCCGUCACAAGCUGAGACGUCUAAGGAAAAGAGCACGAAAAUUGAGACGACGACGCAAUAGAAGACGAAGGCGACUAAGGAGGAUUAGACGGCGUCGAAGACGACGACGUCGCAGGAGAAGAAAAUUAAGGCGUAGGCGCCGUCGUCGUCCACUUCGUCGUCGUAGGCGUCGAGGGGGUCGUAGACGUCGCCGAGGUCGCCAGGGUCGUGGAGGUAGUCAAGGUCGCCCAUCGAGGCGUCGCCGUCGUCGUUAUCGUGGCCCAAUAUUAUAUCCUACAGCCCUACUAUACCUAAAGAAGAAGAGACCUUUUCGAGUAAGGCCCUCGGGUGGAUUCUUCCGCCGGAAGCUCACCAAGUUAAAGUUUAAACAUGGCAAGUUAUUAGAACGACUACGCGGGAAAUGGAGGCAUAUAAAAACCUUCAGGAAGCUUGUAAUUCGAUCAGGGGAGAAGCGCAUUGUUAUCCAUCCUCGAAAGGACAAAAAACGUUUCUUAGUCCGUGUAAACAACCGUCGCAAACCUUUUAAUCUCCGAAAGAUUCCACCCAACUUAAGUGGCCUUCGAAGAUUCUUAGUUAGAAGGAGACCAAUACGCCGUCAAAGACGACGCCGUCGUAGACGUCGCCGGAGACGCCGUAGACAGCGUAGACGUCGUAGGCGCCGUAGACGCCGUAAUCGCCGAAAGCGACGCCGCCGUAAACGCCGCACAGCACGCCGUAAACGAAGAGAACUUCGACGUCGAAGAUUAAGGAUGAAGCGUGGACGACGUGGCGGUAGUAGAAAUAGAGGGCUAAGGCGAGGUCGCAGAGGCCGAAAACGUCGUCCACGCCUGGGCCGCAGAAAUCGCCGACUACGGAAAACGCCUAUUGUGUGCACAAAGCGAGGAAAAUCCGGAUCCAUCCACUAUGAUAUCACCACCCAAAAAUACAUCCUGUUCGGAAAGAAAGUCAGGAAACCUGUUCGGCUUCUCACUAAAUACUGCAGACUUCUUUUCCGCGGAAGGAAGAUCCCAUUGCGCAAGGGCAAAAGAGGAGGCCUCGUGGUCCGCUACAGAAAGAAGAGGCGUCAUCUUUCCUUCAAACAGGGUAAAGUGAAGAUGCCUCUUCGACACCGUUUUGUAACAGUGCGCCCAGUCACUCGAAAACGCCAAAGAUUACGCAGACGACUAACCGGAUGGCGACGACGAAUCAGACGUCAAAGACGUCGCAAGCGUCGACGUAAACGUCGCCGGCAGCGUAGAAGCCGCCGUAGACGACGACGUAGACGUCGUAGAAGACGCAGUCAGCUUCGAAGAAAGCGUCGACGAAAAGUUCGUGCACGCAGGCGUAAGCGCCAACGCAUUUUACGCCGAAGACGAUAUAGACUACUCUACAAAAAACGACCGUCCGGUCUACAGGUCAGAUACGGAAGGAAGAGAUUACCCAUCGUAUGGCGCAAGAGAAAUUACUUUGUGCGUAUCGGAGGUCAAUCCAGACAAAUCUUUUUAAGCAAGAAACAAAUCCGCCUCAGAUACCAAGGCAGAUUACUGAAACUACCUCUUACACGUCUCAGAGUUUACUAUAACCGUGUUUAUCGCAAAGUGAUUAUCCGCCGCGGACGUCUGGUGAUAAUGUACAAUAAGAUGUCAUUACCUGUUAAGAUAGUGAGAAAACGUGUGCGUAUCUUCAACGGAAAGCGCUUCAGAAGUGUUCGAUUCUCGGGCAGGAGAGUCGCCAUUGUUCGCGUUGGAAACAGGAAGGUCAAACGCUACAUAUAUUGGUUCCACGGCCGACCCGUGAUAAGAGCCAACAAAAGAGUGUACCGCGUACUGGUGAGAAAAAACAGGGUUCUGGAAUACAAAGGGGGAAAGUGGAGGCAACUUAAAAUAAAAGAACUCACGAUUCGUCGAGGGCACCGUUGGCUCCUUGCUUCCAUAACACCGAAGGGUUUCAUUGUUUCGCUGAGAGGGGGAAAGUACAACGUUGGACGACGAUUCCGGACAUUGCGCCCUUUGAAAAAAGGUAAACAGCCAAGAAGGAUUGUCAGGCGUCACCGUUAUCUGAGUCGCGUUCGUCGACGAUUGGAUCGCCUCCGCAACAAACUGGAGCGCCUAAGGCGCCGUCAUAGACGGAAUCACCGCCUGAGACGUCUCCGACACCGUCGACGCAAGCGUAGGCGUCGUCGAAGACGUAGACAUCACAGGAAACGCCGCAACCACCGCCGCCUCCGCCGCCUUCGCCGAAGACGCCGCAGACGUCUCGUCAGCAGACCAAUUACCACCGGAAUCAAUAUCAACUUCAGCGGCACAUGGAACCGUGUCGUGUGCCGACGCCGUAGGCUGUACCUUUGGGACAAACGUGGAAGGAUGCGAAAUGUUGUAUUAAACAGAAAGGCAUUCCUUGUUCGCAUCGAUCAUAGCUGGAAGCGUAUUGCUGCCACUCAAGCAAGAUUAGGGAGAUUCCCAUUUAGGAAGGUAGGAGGACGACUCAGGAUCAAAUUGGACCGGCGUACACUUGGAUCGUUCAGAAUGAAAGGUUGUCGUCCUUUUAUCAAAGGCCGUGGCAGAUAUUUUAAGCGCUUUAGACCAGGCGUACAACACCGACUUCGUCGCCGAAUAAGACGGAAAAUGCGCAGACAGCGACGAAAGUUACGCCGAAGUGCCAGACGCGCGCGCCGAAAACGAAUGCGUUUCCGCCGACGCGCCCGACGCAAGCGCAAGGAAAGACGUAUUGGACGCCGUAUAGCGCGCUUACGCCGAUUACGUCGCCGUAUUCGAAAACUCAAGCGCAGCAGGUCUACCUUUAUGGUGAAACUACAUGGACGGAGACCAAUUCCACUAAGGAAGGGCCAAAAGUUACUAUAUAGGGGACACUACGCUAAAGUAAUCAAGGCUCUUCCCAGGAACAAGGUUAUAGUUAAAUACCGAAAAGGGAAAAGAACUUUAAAUGUGACUUACUUUUUGAGAAUUGCAAGGAGGCUUAACCGCAUUGUACCUAAGGGUAACAAAUACUAUAUAAAGAGGGGAAGGAUUAUAGUUAUGAUCCGUCCAAGUAAGGGUAUUCUCAGAGUCAUCAAGAGAAAGCGUCUGCGGCAAUUUGUUCGCCGAGCAGUUCGAAGACGUGUGAGAAGAGUAGGACGACGUUUCCGACGCAAAAGGCGACGUCGCUUGAUUCGUCGUAAGACUCGCCGUUUUGCCCGAAGAGUGCAACGACAUAAAAGAAACCUUCAAAAAAGAUUACGCCGCGCCAGGCGACGUAGACGUCUUCGAAAACGAAUCCGCCGCCGACGCAGACAAAGGCGCAGCCGGCGUUAUCAUAGACGCCAAUUACGUCGACUGAGACGUGCGAUUCGUCGCAAGAUCCAAAGGAAGCGUAAAGGUGGUAGGCCUACCGCAAUUAAGUUUCGCUACCGUGGACGUAUUUGCGGAGUCAGACGCAAGGGAAGAAAAUUCGCCUUCCUCUACAGACGCAAGCUCCUCAAAGUGACAAUUGAAAGACGGACCUGCAGAGUACGGAUUCGUCUAGGCAGAGCAAAGUAUGCUAGCCGACGCAUGAGGUUCCGUGUCGGAGGCAAAAUCCUAAAGUCCAGAAAGGCUGGUGGAUAUUGCGGGGUCAGGGGCCGUGGGCGAAGGAUCAUUAAGGUGAAAGUCAACCGUCGUGGUAGGGUGAGGUUCAGGUUGCGAAAGGACUGGCAGAAGAUUCCAUCAUUGAGAAAGCAGAUCCGCAAUAUCAGACGUAGUAACCGCCGAGCACGCCGGGCACACCGCCAGGAGAGACGCAUACGCCGUCGCAGACGCCGUAUACGACGACGAAGAAGAGUUCACCGUCGUAUCAGUCGACGCAUGCGAAGACGUAAACGCCGUAUACUCCGAAAGAUACUUUUCAGGCAUCCUGUUCUGCGAAAGCGAAAACUAUUAAAGGGGGUCAAACUGUAUCGUUCUAAUCGAUACGGCAAAUUUGUUCGGCUACUGAAGAGUCAGAUUGGGCAAACAAACAAAUUUUGGAUUCGCUUGGGACGCAAAAGAUAUCCGAUUAAAAAAAGCAAGAAGGUUUUCAUCUUCAGACCCGGUAAAAAAAUAAAAUUCACCUUCCCCAUUAAGUUCAGAGGCGACCGAUUGACUGUCCCUAAACAGUUAAGAAAAUCCCUCCGAAAAGUCCGACGACGCAUAGUCCGCCGUUUUCGACGCCGAGUCGUCAGACGACGCAUUCGACGAAGGAGAAGACGUAAACGACGCCGAAGACGACGUAGAAGACGUCGCCGAAGACGCCAACAAAAACGACAAAGGCGGAAACAACGACGUUAUCAACGCAGACGUCGACUUAUCCGACGUCUGAAAAGACGAGUCCUUAGACGUCUCCGUCGACGGUACACAAAGACCGCCGUGUAUUUUAUACAAAAAGGGGUCAAACACGCCGUCUACUGGAGCAGGGUCAAGAGCGAAUUUUACUACCACGCAAAAAAAGGCGGGUUUAAGAAGGUUAAACGGAAGUAUUCCAAGUGGAUCAUAGAUCGACAGAGUGCAAGGCUUGUGAUCAAGGUGGCACGUAAGUUCCGACGCGUCAGGAAGAUACAAGGUAAACGGUUCAAGAUCGUAGGAUUGCGCAAAGUUUCGCUAGACCGCUUUAAAGGGCGUAUCAGAUACAUACGAAAUAAUCGCCCACAUGUCUUGCGCUUUGGAAAGCCCAAAAGCAGGAAAGGCAUUAGACGUCGAAGACGAAAACGCCAAGCCCGACGUAGGCGUCGAAGACGUAGACGGGAACGCCGACGCUUAAGGCGGCAUAAACGUCGUGUUAAAAGAAGAAUAAAACGACGCAUCCGCAGACGAAUUCGUAAAGCACGCCGCCGAAUAAGACGUUUCCGUCGUCUUCAACGUCGAAGGGGAAUAAAACGACAACGACUUGUCCCUGCCUUAACCUACCGAGGAAAACGUGUCUAUUUCAAAGCCGGUUUGAACCGGUACUAUGUUCAGAAAGGCAAGAAAAAGAUGUUCUUUCGGUUCGGCCUGGGAAAGGCAUACAGAGGCAUACGGCACAGGCGAGGAAAACCUAUGAAGAUGCGUUUCUUCAGGUAUCGUGGAAAACAUCUUCGCGGUCUUCGCUGGGGAAAACGCCCGGUAGUAAUACGAUUAGGAAGAGUUUAUACCGGAAAGAGAGCUCGUCACGUCAUCAGACGCAAACUGAGACAUCGUAGACAAGUGAAUCGUCGCCGCCGUCGCCGCCAGAGAAGCAGACGUCGAAAAGCUAUCAGGCGUAUCCUUCGCAGACGAUUCGGUCGUCGUUCAAGACGCAUCAAUCGCCAUGGUCGUCUUGGAAGACGCACCGGUCGCCGUGGAAGAUAUCUCCGUCUCCUUGUUCGUCGUGGAAGACGAUAUGGUCGUCGUGGAAGACGUGUCAGUCGCCGUAGUCGUCGUAAAGUCGUCCGUCGUAAACGAGGCCGUGAAAGACGUAGAAGACGCCGAAUGGCUCGAAGACGCAGACGUAGGGCUCGACGCCGUCGUCGUAGACUCCGCCGCGUUAGCCGCCGUCGUCCCCGACGCCUUGUCAUAAGACGUAAUGUCUCCAUCUUCCUCAAGAGCGGGAAGAGACGUCCGCAGAAACUUGUGCGGCAAAAUGGAAUAUUCUACUUGAGACACAAGCGAAUCACCAUUGGCCGAAACAUCCGCGUUUACAAGAAGGGCAAAAAGCCAAGAGUUUUGACAGGAAGACGAAUCAAUCUCAUAUUUAAGAAAGGAAGAAAUGUAAUUCUCAAGAUACCAUAUCGACGAGGACAAGGGUUCGUCUCAAAGGGAAAAAGAUAUGUUAUCAAUCGAAAAGCUUACCGUAUUCAGCUGACACGACGUAGACGUAUCAUUCGACGUGUCAGACGUCAGCGUCGUCGACGUCGCAGACAAAGACGCCGCAGGAAGCGCAGACGCCGUAGACGUCGUAGACGUCGAAGACGUACCAGACGUACCAGACGUCGCGUAUCAUGCAAGAUGAGGAUCAGGUAUAGGAGGCGAUGGUAUCCACUCUGGCGCCGCGGCAGGAAGCUGGUUACUACAAUCCGUCGCGUCCAGCGCGUUGUCACGAUCCGUCGCACCACGAUCAUCAUCAAGAGCCGGCGCGGACGAGGCCGCACCAUAAGGCUGAAGGUCGGUGGACAUCUGGGCGUUCGCCGCGGCCAUAGCUGGAAGUCUGUCAAUGUACGCAACAAGCGCAAGUUCAUCAGAUGCUUUGGCAAGAGAUACCCAAUCCGUUUCCGAGGAGGCCGCAGAUACAUCAUGUCGAAGAAGGUUCGUAAGGACUGGACCCGAAUUAGCAGGUACUACCGUUUCCAAGUGAAUGUCGAGCAUAAAUGGCGCACUGUGGUCAGGCGCAACAGGAGGCUUCAAGUCACGAUUGGCAGUAAGAAGCGAAUCGUUAAAGUCUCCCCUCGCGGACUGUUGAUCCAAGGAUUCAGAUCUCGACCAGUGAAGAACAACGUCCGCAUUUGGUACGGGAAGAAAUGGAACAAGAUAUCAAGCUGCUGUAAGAAGCUGAAGCUGCGAUUCGGGAAAGCUUCCCUCCCCGUCACCUUCAAUCGUGGCAGCUUGCGGGUCAUCGCUAGAGGGAAAAUGGUCACCCUAGGGAAAGCGGAAAGAUUUGCAUUGGGUCUAAAGAAGAGAUUUGCCCGAAGACGUCGCUUUGGUCGUCGUCGCAGUCGCUUUGGUCGUCGUCUCCGUCACCAUCCCCGCCCUUUCAGACUACGUGUCCGUGGGAAACGGGGCAUUCACAUCCCCAAAGCCUCAGACUCCGCCAAACCCGUUAAAGCGAACAAGCCAGUCAACCCCGUCAAACCGGCUAAAGCGUGAAUAAAGAAGAAAAUCUGGAUUGGAAUGGAAAUGGAUAUACAGAAUAAAAAAAGAAAUUAAUGUAGAUUUAGAAUAGGAACCAAUGAACAGGCUGGUCGUACCCUUCACCCUUUGCCUAAGCUAUCCCGAAACUCGCCCUACCUCUAUUUAUAAGUGUAAUGAAAUCGGUUUUGCUCCGUUGACCCCCAAGCGUAACACACAUUGCUAGCUUUCUUGAUUAAGAGUUAAAUUUGAAUAAUUAAUCUAACGCAGUAAAACACCUUUGCACAGCUCUUCUACAUUAAACUUUGAUCACGAAUAUUGAAGCCAAAGCUGAAAAAAAAGUUGUUUGUAGUGAAUGCGAAUACAUUUACGGUCCAAGAUUUCCUCGUUCCAAAAGUCCAAAGUCAAAACAAUUUUGCAAUAUAUUUCAAUUUAACCAGGUUUGGCAUUAAAUCCGCGAACAAUAUAAAGUUUAAUGAAGAAGGGAUAGCUUCAGCGUACUAUUUAACGUACUAAUCGAAACCUAAAACUAAACUAAAACUAACGUACAAAUCGAAUCAACUAUACCAAUAAUAUUGGUAAUAUUGUAAUUGUUAGUAACUAACAAGCAUGCUGUUCCGAGGUUCAUAGAUUGAAGCAUUAUUAAAAGCGAUCACUUCGCA